GAAGAGGACGGGUGGACGCUGUAUCCCCUCCACCCACCUCCUCCAGGAAAAAAAAUGGCAACAACUGGCAGACUGAUCUGUUUGGAAGUGAGAGUAAAAUGAAAAACCUGAGAAGACCCACUGAGGUUGACAACAAGUGGACUGGGAUGAGUUUUUCACGUGUUUUUUAAGUCACAAUAAGAACACCAUUGCAUGAUUGUGGCUCUCAAAGCCUGUGAGCUCUGCUCUUUAACACGAGGAUGAGCAGCAGUCCUGGGAUAUCUUCUGUGUGGACCAACAGGGGGGAUUUUUGAGCAUCAAGAAGCCAAGGAAACAUCAAGAUGCUGCACUUGGAGCAGCUACUGAGGACUGCAGCCUCUCCGCUAGCCAGGAAUCCAUCUCUGCAGCCUUGCCCUCAGCAGCAUGGACUAUUGCACGCCUCAGCCUUCGCGUCGUCACAACCCCGUGGACAGCAUCUGCCGCAAGCUGCAGACCAUCCAGUGGCGCGGUGAUCGAGAACCCAACUCGCCGUUCCAGAUCCCAAAACUCUCCUCAAGCAGCUACGACAGCCCACAGUGUGGCCUCAGGCACAACCUGGAGGCCAUCCUGAAGAAAGGGGCUCUCCACAGGGACGAGGGGGAGAGGGGGAAGGACAGGGUGAGGGAGAAGGGAAAAGGGAGAGGAAUGGGGAUGCCGAGCUCUGCAGCUUCCCAGAAAAGCAACCUGGGCCCCUGUGUUCCUCUGUCCAGCCCUUCCACCCCUUCAUACAACCCCCCUACGCCAGCUAACAUCACCUACACUAUCACUAGCACGCUGGGAGAGAGGAGAGGUGCUGAUGGGAGUGAUUUAAGACAAGUUAAGACAUGGCAGAGGUAUAGUUCGACACCCACAGGCCAACCCAAGGACUCCCCUUACUUUACGUUCACACAAGGACCUAACUCGGUGCAGUCUGAAAGGCAGAGCGAGAGCCCACCUUUGUCUCGAACCUUCACCCCAAGUAACAGCACCCUCUCCUACAACCUCAACUUCUGCUCUGCGGACACGAUGAACUCGACCGAUUGCGAGCUGCCCUACCCGGCUCUGGUUGUGAAAAGACUGUCCAUGGGAGAUGGAGGACCUUCAGCUGCUUCUGAAACCAGGAAGGAGACGAUGGCAGAAAUCAGCCUGAUCUGUGAGGAGAAUCUGCUCGAUACCAUCUUUCAUGCAUGUGACACCCAGCGCAGAGGUAAAGUGUACGUGUCUCAUAUCGUGGAUUAUCUACGACACACAACAAGUCGCAGCUCAGAAGACAGCGGAUUGGAGGAACUCUGCAACAUGCUGGACCCAGAACAUAAAGACGUUUCCAUUGAUCUGGACACGUACCACGCUGUCAUGAAGGAGUGGAUCGACGACUGCCGCAACAACGGGGAAGAGCUGGCAGACGACGUCACUCAGGACUCAGUGAAGCUCAGAGACAGCCUGUCUGCCAAGAGGUCGAUGCUGUUUAAUAUGACGUCUGGAAGCUUGGAGGCCUUUGGAGGGGAGGCGUCCAGAGCAGAAUUUGAAACAUCAGAGCUGGUGUACUGUGUCACCGACCUCCAGAUGAGCAACCAGAAGCUCCAGGAGGAGGUGAGGAAGCUGAAGCAGGUAGUGGAGGGGAUGGAGGAGAGCAACCAGAAGCUAGCGGAGGAAAACGAGGAGCUACGUGUUCAGGCCAGAGUUAACCAGCAGCUUGCACAGAAGGAAAAGAUGCUGAAGGAGGAGGUGGAGGAGAUGAAAGCGACUCUGAGCUGCACAGAGGAAGGCAGAGCUCGAGCCUCUGCACACAGCAAACAUGUGGAGAGGGAAAACCAGAGUCUCAUUGCCAAGAUUGCUUCUCUUCAGGAAGAGAACUUCAAGGUCACCAUGGAGACGGACGAGCUUCAGAAGAGAAUAACGGAGCUGUGUGACAUUAACGCUGACCUUCAGGUGCAAAUUCACUCUUUUGAUGCUGUCAUUAGUGAAAAGGAAGCUGCGAUACUAGAGAAGAGCCGACAUAUAGAUGAGCUGAAGGCAGCAGUCGAGGAAUACGCCUCCAUCAUAGAGCUGCUGAGGGUGGACAAGAGCAAACUGGAGAACCAGAUGCAGAUGAUUCUCCCAGACCUGGCUGGGGCGAGUCUGUCUUUGUCGGUGGCUUACAGGAUGAACCAGAGCAGUUUAGGAUCCCUACAAACAGAACUGGCUCUGGCACAGUCACCACUGGAGACUCCCCAUGGAGUCGAGCAUUUGUGCACUACGAUGAGCUUCGCCUCCCCACUGGACGAGACUCUGGACAGAGAAGUUCUGCUGAUGCUACAGGGACCGAGUCCUGAACACAUGGCUUUGGAGUUCAAAAACCUCUUAAAUAAACUGAAAAAGGAUUUCAGAGAAGAAACCGACUCUGUCUUAUCUACAGUUAGAGGCUUGUUUGAAGACCACAGGGAGCCGGGAGGCAACACGGACUCGAGUCUUCAGACGGUGCAGGCCGAGCUGGACACGAGGAGGGCGGACUGGGUCCUCAGCCUGGACCAGCUGGCCCAGUACACGGACUCGCUGGAGAAGGAGCUGAUCAAAAUGGCCAGUAACAUGAGGAGGUCACGCACGGAGAUCCUCCACCUUUCAGUCAGGGUGCAGGAGCAGGAGAACCAGAAGCGGCAGCUGUGUGAGGAGCUGGAGCAGCUAAAGACGCCUCAGGACAGCCGAGAGGCCUCAUGCCAGACUCCUGCACCAGAAGACGAGCCUGGAGAUGAGUUGGACUGGGAUGAGGAAUUUGCCCUCCAAGACUUCCUGAAGAACGAGCUGGCGGAGAGAAACUGCAGGGACGAGCGAAGAGACAGUCGGCCUGAAGAAACGGUGGUUAAGCUAACGGACAGAGGCGGCGAAGAGGAGGAUGGGGAAGAGAGGUGGACGGUGGUGGAUACAGCAGGUGAAGGAGAAGUGAGGGACACGUCGACUCCUCUGGCUGCUGUCUCAGUGGAGGCCCAGUCUGGUCAGGAAACAGUUGGAGACUCUGCCGCCUGCACAGAGCCAGAGGUGACCUGUCAGCAGCUGCAGGAAGAGGCAGCGAUGCCAUUGAGCGCCCACUCACAAGCUGUCAGCAAUAAAAAGCCUGAGGCGGAUGCUCUCCCUGAUCUGUCCCACUCAGAGAACAACAGUGCAGAGGUUUGUGAGGGUGCAGAGUCUCAGUCCGGUGGUCCGACCCAAACUCUGAGCACAGAGCCCAACCAGGAUCAAACCAUCAAACCUGCUAACACCCCUCUCGCAGAAGGCGAAAUGGUUUCUCCCAGCAGCACAUCACCUGGACCGGAUGAGACCAAUACACAGAGUGAGAGCAGCCAGCCGAGCGUUGAAGAAGAAGAGAAAGGAGGCGACGGGGACUCGAGUGCAGGCGAUAUGAGUCGCUCUAAGAGCUUAAGCCAGGACCAGUCUGCAGACAGAUCAGCAGCUGAGGACAGCACGAGUCUGCUGCCUGUGCUGGUGGAAGAGGAGGAAAGCGUGCAGGACGGUGCAGCCGAAGCUUCAGCAGCUGCAGUCAGCAUGGCCGGGCUCACCAGCAGUGGGCCGACCACCCUCUCCGACAGCAGCUCAGGAUUUGUGCAGGCCAACCAAUCGGGAGGCAAUGUGAGCGGCAUGACCUCCGACAGCAGACAUUUGGAGGUUAGCGAAGCCAAAAAGGAGUCCCUCCUUCGUGUCAAAAAUAAGAGGGAACUGGAGUUGUCGCGCAGCAUGGAGGCCAUCGAGGAGCACAAGGUUCAGGAGGACCAAAGUGAAACCAGCAAGGCCACUGAGAAGGAAUCUGAGAUGUCAGUCAUCUCUGACAAUGGCGACAACUUAAAGGAGGACAGAAACAGCCUUUCACCCAGUGACAAGGAAAUUGAGGCGGAGUUCCAGCGUCUGGCUCUGGGGUUCAAGUGCGACAUGUUCACUCUGGAAAAGAGGCUCCGACUGGAGGAAAGAUCACGAGACUUGGCUGAGGAGAACGUUCGCAGAGAAGUGUCCAGCUGUCAGGGAUUACUGCAGGCUCUGAUUCCUCUGUGUGAGGACGACAACCAGUCCAUGGAGAUCAUCCAGAGGCUCCAGAAGAAUCUGGAUAUUCUCAUCCAGUCCAUGACCAGAGUGUCCAGUCGUUCUGAGAUGCUUGGAGCUAUUCACCAGGAGAGUCGUAUCGGUAAAGCGGUGGAGGUGAUGAUCCAACAUGUGGAGAACCUGAGGAGGAUGUACACCAAAGAACACGCCGAGCUUCUGGAGUUAAGAGAGACGCUGAUGCAGAACGAGAGGUCAUUUGGAUCUCAAACAGAAAGAGAUGAUUUCCGUGGUAAGAAACAGUCGUCAUCACAGUACUACAAGUCAACAUCCCGGCGGGUCAGCAUAGCAGCAAUUCCUCGUGGAGGCAACAUGCACUUUGACAUGUCUAAAACACAAGACGGCUCAGAGGCUGAAACAGAGAGGCUGACCAGGCGAUCCCCGUGGAAUGUGGCAGGGAAGAGCACAGCGCGUCCUCCUCUAAAACGCUUUGUUAGCUCUGCGGCAUGGGUUGACACUGAAGAGCCCUCUCUGAUGAUGAAGGGGACGGCCUGCAACAACACAGACUGCCGGUCAGAGGACGAGCAGAAGGAGGAGUCAGUGGCAGAGAGGAGGAGGUCCAGUCUCAGUGAGCUGGGCAGCAAACUCACCUCCCUCAUUCUGCCCCUUAAGACCCCGAGUCCUUCGUCCAGCCCCACGUCCACAGACCCAGGAAUGGCUCAGUCUCUGUCCCACAGUCUGACCAGCUCUCGGGCAGCGGCGGCAGCAGCAGUGGCCAGAGGAGGCAGGGGGCUGUGGCUCUGGUUGGCCAUGGUGGUGGUGCUAGCAGCUCUCCUGGCUCUGCUGGCCAGCCUGGUGAUGCAGCCUGCGGUGGAUGCGGCCCCUGUGGGGACGGGGGACUCCUGGAUGACCAUCCAGCAGCUGCUGUGGCCCUACACGGGACUCCGUCAUAACGGACAGCCCCCCGUCUAGCCCGGGUCCUGCUGGAUGCUGCUCCCGCCCAUCGGCCCUCUGCAGAGAUUUUCUGCACACUGAGGUUAGAGAUGGAAAAAGAAAAGUGUGUGACUCCUGAGCAGAGGCUGUUGGUGUGUUUACUGGUGCCUGAAGAUUCCUAAAACGAGACUUUGCAAUGGCAGCACAGGCCAGGCUUCGGGGGAGUGUUAACCCCACGGAGGAUUUUAUGCAUCACAUCACGUUUGCUAAACUAGUUAGUCUGUGUGUAUGCAUGUGUCUGUGUUUACGAGAAGCAGUUACAGAUCACAGCAGCCGGCAUCCUUCACAACGGGCCGCUCAACUUCAUGUUAUGAUGCUGUCAGUGUGGCUGGCAACCAUCUACCUGGAUCAUCGUUCAAAUCAGGGUGGAUCAGACAUCAGAGCUGGCACUAAUCAUGUCACUUAAUAUAAGAAUGAUAGCACUGAUGUGUUGUUUUAAUGAGCUGCUCCAACUGUGCCACUCAGCUUUUUAAAUACAUUUCAUGGAUCCUGGAGACUGCCAGCCUUUUUAAUGGGAUUUUACAUUCAUUUCCUCAUCGGUCGCAGAGGACAUUUUAUAACUUUUAAGUCUAAAAACACUGGUAAUAAACUUUCAUUGUAAGUGUUUUUAAGUGUUUAUGAAAUCUAUAUUUAUGAGUUUGCUAGUUUUGAGUGAGAAGAUGUGAAUGUUUAUUUUUGUUAAGUUAUAAAUCUGCAUCGUUUCAGUCUCAACACCAAAGGGUUGUUUUUGUUUUUUUAAAUUAUGUUUUUCCUCUACAAGUUCUUGCUGUGGUUGUCACCGUUCAACUUCAUACACUUUUGUAUGUCCCAAAGACGAUGCGUGGAUCUUUGCACAAAUAAAGUAGCCAAUUCUACAAUA